AUGCACGCCGUCUGUCAGGUGGAUGCUGUCGGAAAUUUGGUGGCCGUGUCGGCGAUGAAUGAAUCGAUUACGGAAACGAGCACGAUCAAACUGCCGUUCGCCAGUUCCUCGAAAGAUCUCGCUGCCCAAGAUGAAGAUGACGAAGAGGAUGAAGAUGAACAGUCCGACAGUGAAUAUUCCGAUGAACCUGACGGUGACGUCGCGGUGGCCGUGUCAUUUAAAUUGGCGCGAAAACCGUCGAAGGGGAAGGGCGGCGGAGGACGGAGUGCCGCUUCCAGCCGCAAGACGUCUAUUGCCUUGGACCCCGGUAAUUAUCGAAUUUCUGAGCGUAAUUUGUAUCCUACCGUACUCUCUACCUACCGUAAUUUUGCGGAUUUU